UUGUUUAUGAAUGGUUUGUUUCUUGCCCACAUGCUCUCUUUACCUCCACGAAAAGAAGCCAUGCUCCUCGUGCUCCAGACGAGAGCGUCCAUGGCUGCUGCUGCUGCUACAAUCGUUAGAUCUCCCGUCUCAUACCAAUAUAGUCAAGACAGCGCUGUCGAAGAGCCCACCACAUCCAGAGAAGCUCGCUCCCGCGACAACUCCUCUGGCGGCGACAGUAUCCGAGGCGACGACGACUCGGACGACUGAUGAGGCAGGUUUAGAAAGGCGACGCGGCCCCUGUGCGGCACUUCCACUAGGCAAAUGUCGUAGGCUGAUUGGUAGGCGACUAGUAGUGGUAAUACUGC